AUGUUCAACAUCCAAGAAAUUAAACCCGAAAAUCAUCGCGAAAUGGAGAUUUCUUCAAAUCCUCGGACGAUGAUGUUCCGCAAGGUACCGUCGUCGACAACAUGGAGACUACGACGAGCUCAUACAACACCAACACGGAUGAUCGUUACCAUUCUCGGUGUGAACUCACUAUUGGGGCAACAUCUUAUCCAUUUUAUACAACGCUCAGAAAAAUUGCCAUUGAAAAUUGUCACGUGGUCGCACUCGUCUCCGUUUCUUCCACGACUCCCAGGAAUCGAUUGUUCCUCCAUUAGGCAUUUCACUGGCUUUCAUAACCUUCGUGAAGCCGUGGAACAGGCCGAUAUCGUGUGCAAUCUGCAUGAAGCUCAAGACCUUUGUCUUCUCCCGGAUGAAAAACAGCUUCAAAUUCAUAAUGUAGAGUUUGUUCAGUCAUUAGUGUCAUACAUUCGCUGUCCACUUGUACAUCUCUCUAGUGUAUUUGUUCAAUGCUCGUCUCGUUGGCCAAAUGUCUAUGAGAAUGAAUAUGAUGGAACUAAGUACAAAUCCCAGUGGCCCUUCCCGAAGUACUGCUCAUCAAAGUGGGAAGCGGAACAGAUUAUUGCUAAAGCUUCUGUGGAUGCCUUCAUUAUGCGUUGUGUGCCGGCCUAUGGAGAAGGAGAUAUUCACUCGAUCCUCACUGACCUUAUCAAAUUCACCGAUAACGGUGAUAUAUUAUCAGUGGGAGACGGUGAAGGAGUAGUACAGAUGGCUUACGCAGGAAAUUUAGCAGCCGGCCUCUGGAGCGCAAUGCUGAAAUUGAUGCAUGAUCAUGACACUCUUCGACCUGAAGGAACUAAUGUGUUUCACUACACAUCUGACCAGUCUGUCCUUACACAAAAGCAGUUCAUCAAAGAAACUAUUAUUUUAGCUGAUGGAACACCGAACAAGAAUGUGUUUACGCUAUUCAAGCCUUUGCUUUUGGCGUAUGCAUGCAUGCGUGUGGGUGCGUUCUCGCUUAUUCGGAUUGUAUUCUACGAGUCAAUUCGGCCAAAGCCUUGCAAUCAAGUGACAGAGAACUAUAUGGGAGGCGGUUAG